AUGGUAACGACGCUCGGCCUGAAGAUGGCGGCCGAGUGGGGUGGAGGAGCGGGUUGCUCGGGUUCAGGCCCGAGCCGGAGCCGGUGGUUCUGGAGCGGUUCUUUGUGGGUCCGAGGCACCUUAUUGCUAUUGAGCGGGCUCCGGGCAAGCGCCACAUCUAUUCCUAUGUCGUUGGGCAGUUCUCCCUGCCGGCACCACGUCCCCUCUGACACUGAGGUCAUAAAUAAGGUUCAUCUCAAGGCAAAUCAUGUUGUAAAGAGAGAUGCUGAUGAGCAUUUAAGAAUCAAGACUGUCUAUGACAAAAGUGUUGAAGAGUUGCUCCCUGAGAAAAGAUAUCUUGUAAAGAACAAACUUUUCCCGCAAGCUAUCUCUUAUUUAGAGAAGACUUUUCAGGUUCGUAGACCUGCUGGCACUAUCUUACUUAGCAGACAAUGUGCCACAAACCAAUACCUACGGAAGGAAAAUGAUCCUCAUAGAUAUUGUACUGGGGAAUGUGCAGUGCAUACAAAAUGUGGCCCAGUUAUAGUGCCUGAGGAACAUCUACAGCAGUGCAGGGUCUGUCGUGAGGGUAAGUGGCCCUGUAAAGCAGUAGGCGUGCAGGAUCAAGAGGGCAUCCGGGAUGCAGACUUUGUUCUUUAUGUUGGUGCUCUGGCCACUGAGAGGUGCAGCCAUGAAAACAUCAUCUCUUAUGCAGCCUAUUGUCAGCAGGAAGCAAAAAUGGACAGGCCAAUAGCAGGAUAUGCUAACCUGUGUCCAAAUAUGAUCUCUACCCAGCCUCAGGAGUUUGUUGGGAUGCUGUCCACAGUAAAACAUGAGAUUAUUCAUGCCCUGGGUUUCUCUGCUGGGCUGUUUGCAUUCUACCAUGAUAAAGAUGGAAAUCCUCUAACUUCAAGGUUUGCAGAUGGUCUUCCACCUUUUAAUUAUAGUCUUGGAUUAUAUCAAUGGAGUGAUAAAGUAGUUCGAAAAGUGGAGAGAUUAUGGGAUGUUCGGGAUAAUAAGAUAGUUCGUCACACUGUGUAUCUCCUGGUAACACCUCAUGUUGUUGAUGAAGCACGAAAACAUUUUAACUGCCCAAUUUUAGAGGGAAUGGAACUUGAAAAUCAAGGUGGUAUGGGCACUGAGCUCAACCAUUGGGAAAAGCGGUUAUUGGAAAAUGAAGCAAUGACUGGUUCUCACACCCAGAACCGAGUCCUCUCUCGAAUCACUCUGGCGUUAAUGGAGGACACUGGCUGGUAUAAAGCAAAUUACAGCAUGGCUGAGAAGUUAGACUGGGGCCGAGGAAUGGGCUGUGACUUUGUCAGGAAGAGCUGUAAAUUUUGGAUUGAUCAGCAGAGACAGAAGAGGCAGAUGUUGAGCCCUUACUGUGACACGCUCAGAAGUAAUCCAUUGCAGUUAACUUGCAGACAGGACCAGAGAGCAGUUGCAGUGUGUAACUUGCAGAAGUUUCCUAAACCUUUACCACAAGAGUAUCAGUACUUUGAUGAACUCAGUGGGAUACCUACAGAAGAUUUGCCUUAUUAUGGUGGUUCAGUAGAAAUUGCUGACUAUUGCCCUUUCAGUCAGGAAUUCAGUUGGCAUUUAAGCGGUGAAUAUCAGCGCAGCUCAGAUUGUAGAAUAUUGGAAAAUCAACCAGAAAUAUUUAAAAACUAUGGUGCUGAAAAGUAUGGUCCUCAUUCAGUUUGUCUAAUCCAGAAAUCUGCAUUUGUCAUGGAAAAGUGUGAGAGGAAGCUGAGUUACCCAGACUGGGGGAGUGGAUGUUACCAGGUUUCUUGUUCUCCUCAAGGUCUGAAGGUUUGGGUCCAAGAUACUUCAUAUUUGUGUAGUCGAGCCGGGCAGGUCCUCCCUGUCAGUAUUCAGAUGAAUGGCUGGAUUCACGGUGGAAACCUGCUUUGCCCAUCAUGUUGGGACUUCUGUGAGCCCUGUCCUCCAGAAACAGAUCCUCCAGCUGCUAAUCUGACCCGAGCUUUACCACUGGAUCUCUGUUCCCGUUCCUCUAGCCUGGUGGUCACCCUCUGGCUUCUGCUAGGCAAUCUAUUUCCUCUGCUGGCCGGAUUUCUUCUGUGUGUGUGGCACUAG